AUGGCGAUCGGUUGUCCGAUCUGUAAGAGUUCCUACCGCACCCUGAGCAAGCACCUGCAGAGGAAACAUAGUGUGCGUAAUGUAGUUGAAAGAAAAAUUCUGCUGUUGUUGGCCAAAGGACGGACAAACAUUAGGCUCCAUCCCUGCACCAUUGCAGGAUGCGAGUACAUCGGGACAAGGCUGAACCGCCACUUAGGAUGGGGAGGAACAAGAGCGGGUGUUUCUAAGGAAACGACCCCGAACAGAAUCAACACCAAAGAGGCAGUCCAAGUCCAAAGGUCCCUCCUGCAGCAAGUCCCCCAUUCCCUCCUGCAGCAAGUCCCCCAUUCCCUCCUGCAGCAAUACCCCAUUGCCUCUCACACACCUGUAUCCAGCUCCUCAGAACCUGCAUCCAUAGAUACCGAGGCCUCGUCAACCUCCCCUCCCAUACAUUCCCCCUGGUUCAGCGGCAGGGGCCGGGGGAAUAUAAUGCGGGACAUAACAUUCCCACGCAUCAUGGAGGAGUAUCUGCAAGGCUACCGGGAGCAUUAUGAGGGCAUCGACCCUACAGUGAGGCUCCAAGAAAAUGCAGUCUCCAAAAUAAGCAGAGUGAAAUCGUUCCUAAGCUUCAUGGCACACGGUUUCAAUCUCCUGUCUGACUGGCUCUUUCUGAGGGAUUUGAAGAGGAUACGUGGCUGGUCCCGGAGUCUGAUAAAGUCCAGCCUACAGGUCACGACCGCGGACUUCUACAUAAAAAAUAUAUCACACUUUCUGAAAUACAUGUCAGCCACACCAUGCAAGGGGAGCAGGCUCAACCAAAACGACAUGACUGUAAUCAAACGGGAACUUGUUGCCAUCCUGAAGUCCCUGAGGAAGAAGAUGAUUAUCCACCAGAUGCAGGUGAAGCGGGACAAGAUGGAAGGUCUGCCGAGCUAUAAAGACAUCAUGGCAUGUUUGACUGCGGCCAAAAGUCGCAUCCCUCAGCUCCUGGACGUGAUGGCCAGCAAUCCGACAACCGCAACCCGGCUCUUGCUCUAUGGGUACAUGACCCUCCAUUGGAGCUGCAUUUAUGGCCACCGUCCGGGGGUCUACUCCAACAUGACCAACACCGAGGUCCGAAAGGCGGAGACAACUGGCACUGCCUUUGGCUACCUCAUCCACACGGCCAACGCGUUCGGUGAAGCACAGCUGUACCUCACCAUAGAAGAAUUCGGAUGGAUGAAGAGGUGGCUGGAAAUCAAGGGGACGCUGACCUGCACCCAGAACCGCUACUUCCUAUACACAGCGGGGAAGAACCCGUCGAGGAACCUUGCCUACUUCCUGAGGUUGGCAUGGGCUGAUGUGGGACUACAAGGUCCCAUUAACUUCACCAACCUCCGCACAGUCCACGCAGAUAAUGCGAAGAGGUUUCAGGACAUAAGCAACCGCCAAAGAGUGAGUGAUUUCAUGUGUCACAACACUGCAACUGCAGACACAUUUUAUGCCAAGAAUCCUUCUUUGAAGGAUGCUGCGGACAUACGGCUGCUCUUCACAGAGUCACUGCCAGCGGCAGCAGCAGCAGCAGGGGGGAGUGAAGAAAAUGUGGGGGACAUUGACAGUGACAGCUCUGGAGAGGAGCAUAGCCCCACUCCCUCCCAAGACUUCCCCGAUGCCGAGACGUCAGGCGAAUAA